AUGGCUUACCAAUUUUAUGACGAUGAAUCAAUAUUCAAACACAAUUUACCAAGAACUGAAUGGCACCUAAAAUAUCCUCAGGUCUCACUAGAAAUUGCUGUAGAAGCCUUAAUUGACAUGUUACCAACAAUAAUGAAUCAUGUUACAAUUGCUAAAGGAAUGUGUUCAGAUCUACCCGACCGACCAAGUGCUGAUCAAUCAGCAUCUACAUAUUUAUAUACUAUAGAACCUGUUGUAUUGAUUGUCAGCAAUCAACGAUUACAUACUGUUAAUCAUCUACUGAUUGGAAAUACUUGUAUUUGGUCGAUUUUCUACUGUUUUGCUCAAUCAAAUCAAUAUGUUUAUCUUCUCUUCAUUCGAUGGGAUACAAAUGAUAUGUCUUGUCGAUGGCGAGGCUUCUUCGCGUAUCUAACUAUAACAGGCAUUAUUUAUUCUUUUCUUAUUCAAGCUAUAUCCCGAUCGUUCCUCAUAGUUUUAGUCCAUAAAUAUCGUUGGAUUGUUUCGUUCAAAGCUCACUAUGUUCUUCUUUGUAUUCAAUGGACCGUAGUGCUUCUGUUAAAUUUACCAUCGAUUUUUACUAAAGAUAUUCAAUUUCGUCCACAUGCUUUGUGUUGGAUCACUCAAUCUACCCCGAUACAUAAUAUGUAUACUUAUAUUGCAUAUUAUGCCAUACCAACUGCAUUCAUCAUCAUAAUUUAUGCGUCUGUUUAUUGUCAAGUCAGGCAUAGUACUACUGAAGCAUUUACAAGACAAGGAAGACAUCGACAACAAAAUCGUGAUUUUGAAGUAUUUCGUAACAUAAUGAUUCUAUUUGGAAUUUAUUUAUGUGGAGGCAUACCAACAACGAUCUAUAUGCAUUUGAACAUCGAUAUAUUCUAUUGGAUAGGUAUUGUCGCCGUAUCAAUGACAGUAGCUGUUGAAAAAUUCGUAACAUUUUAUCUGGAUCGAGAACUUCUUAAUGUAUUGAAAAAACGAAUUUGUCAAAAAACUACACGUGUCGUACCAGUUAUAUCUUAA